AUGCACCGAGUUGGCAAAAAUUUCCAUAAUCGGAUGCUGCAUUGUAAAGUUUGUGGUGGUGAUUUAUUAUUUGGAGAUACUCUGCUCUCAUCGAAUCGUACUUCCUGUAAGUGCACAAUGCAGUUUCCUCCGCAUUUUGGCGAGAAUUCUAGUGAAGGGUUGGAAUUAUUGCAUCUUCAAAAUCGCCAAUUUGAAAUACUAGAUAACGUUACAGAACUAACCAAAAAAAUGCGUUCUCUUGAUGCUUCGAAACCAUUGGAACACGAUGUUGUUGACCAUUUGAAAGGCAAAAUGUCAGCAGUCCAUCAGCCUAUCAGCAAGACCUUGACUAGUAUUCCCCGGCGAAAUCCAUUCCUAUCCAAACGCGCAGUUUCACCCUCUUCUGAGAAAAAACUAUCGCAACUGACGCAUUAUGGAACAAACUCCAAUGCUGUCGAUCAAGCGGAAAUGCGGCCAAGCACUGCUCCUGGAGGACCGAUAAGCGAAUUGUACUUUGAAAGGGAGAGCGUAUUUGCGGAUUUACGGGGCAUACGUGAGGAGAUCGCAAUGUUGCACAGGAAAUUUGAUGAAGAGCUAAAGAGCAUGCGCGACGUCUUGAAUAAUAACAUAGUUGGAAUGGCUAGGCUUUUUGAAACGUCUAAGGCAGCAGCAGAGACUGAGGGCAAGGAAAAUACAGCGCCUGGAAGCAUCCUAAGCGGGGCUCAGCAAGCUCUCCUCGAUGCCACUAGGCGUAGGAGGAUGUUUGAGACCAGCGUGGCGAAUUGUGAGAGAUCACGUGCACAGCGUAAUAUCUUCGACAUUCUGGAACACUUAGAUGAUGGAGACAGUGAUGUUCUGCGUAUGAGAGCCCUGCUUGACGAUGCAGUGAAUAAUUUGGAAAUCCCUCAGAAGCCAAAACCAAUCUCCCCAAAAAUUCCGAAUCUAUCCAGUCGUCUCGCCCGUUUGAGCGCUCCAAAACAAUCCAAAGUUGUCUCAAGUAAACCUCAGAAAUCUUCCAAUCAGCGCCCUUCAUCAUUACCUCCCACUUCGACAGCAGCAGUGACGACUUCUCCACGUGGAAGAUCUACUGGUCUUGCAGAUCUUGUCGAUUUCUCCACUGUCAAAACCACCACUGCGCCUCUCAUGAAGCGAUCCAAAGUCAUUCUUCAGUCGAACAUCUCUCCAAAAGUGGAUUCUCCGGUUACAAAACAUGGAAAAACUGUUCGCUUUGAGGAGACGUGUUUCCGACCAAGGAGCACACUGAAGGCCAUGCCAUCCGCUCUUUCAUCAGAUAAAAAGAAGGCACCAGUUUUUCUGCCCUUAGGAAUGCGUCAGUACUCCAUGUGGCCCACGGAGAAACUCCAAAUGCUCACAACACCUCCAGUUCUUCAAACAACCACAGCGGCAACAAUGGCUGCAGUUGAUUCAGCUAUGGAGGAUGAGACAUUGACACAAGCUCUGAGACAACUGCUUUCGUCCUCUGCAUCUCAACAGCCUCAGUCCGCCAGUGAAGCUAAAUUGACACCAGAUGACUUGAAAGAGAUGUUGGAUGCUGCACUAAAGAAUCACUUGGAGCGCCAGAUGCCACCAACUGAACUCCCUCCAAUCCGUCCACAACUUCAGGACGUUAAUGUUGGAAUAUGUAGACAAGACUUCAUGAAGGAGGAAGCGUUAAGUCCGAUCCAUGCGCCGGGAAAAUUUGCGUUAAUUGACAGGGCCUCCAGUCCAAAAUCCAUAACACAGCCAACAAAGAUGGUUUCACGUGGGAACUCAGUCAAUUCCGUUAGGAAACCACGAAGCUCAUCUUUACCUUCAAUAACGUCAGAGGUUGUUGUAACGUCGGAGAAAUUGCAAACGGGAACACAAUCUCCAAUCCUAGCGGAUGCUGGAGAGGUUUCUACGCCAGGGACAUUGACCAAGGAUGAAGAGGGAGAGGAAAGUGAAGAGGGAGAUGGUUUCAGUUUGACGGAACCGCACACCUUCAGUGAUGGCGUCUGGCUAGACGCGGAUCGAUCUGAGGGCGAAGCAGGAGGAGUCGCCAUGUUUGAAGCCGAAGAGGCUGCAGAUUUGGCGAGAGAACUGGGUCCCUUACCUUCUUCAAGUGAUACAUCCGAGUCGACAAAUUUGACAUCAGAAGCUACAAGAGGCCACAGUGAAGGCGAAUUUACUCUGGAUCAAAUAAACCACCAACUAGGUGUUUGGGUAGCUCCUUGGCGAGAUCCUCUCCUCCAUCUUAUCGCACUUAAUGCGGCUGGAAAAAACUCAAGAUUACCCUGGAAUCAGCAGCACAAGAUUCAAAAGCUUGCUCAAAUACUAGCGCGUCGUGGUAAUAAUCAGGCGCCAGAUCCUGCCGAGGUCUGCUGCAGCUUCACCGAAGAUCUCAGCUGCGUGGAGGGUAUUGCAUCAAGGGUGGGUGUGAGUUCACCGCCUUCUACCCCGAAGAAUGGGGAGAGGUCUGCUGGUGAGGUCGUCCUUCCCAUUUCGGUAAAGCAGCAGCUACGACGGAGGAUUCUUGCCAAAUCGUCACAGAGAAUGCGUCAACGCGAUGCCAGUCUGUCUGACGAUGAGGAGGACACUUUGGGAGGGGCGGGUGAGGAGGUUCCCACAGAGAAGCAAGACCUUCUUUCGGCUGUGAAGUCGCUCUCCGAUGAAGAAAUUGAGGAGGUGAAGGACGAUGGAAUUGCUGAGCAAGGCUCAUUGGAAUCGCAGGUCGACUCCACUCCAAAAGGUGAUUCAACUUUCGACAUUGAUCCCGGUGUUUCUUCAGAAUUUUCCAAGGGUCCUCUUUGA